AUGUCGGCGCACCAUAACUCGGGCUCCGGCCUCUCGGCCGCCGCUGCUGCAAAGGCCAACUCGCACGCCUUCGCAUCCCACCAGAAGCGACAGCACCAGCCAUCACAAGCGGCCCAGGCUCGCCGCUACACCGUUACCGCCCUCGGCCGCUGGUCCGUCCAGAACAAGCAGCUUCCGCCCGUCGAGGCCAUCAAAGCCAUUCAUGUCUACGACUUUGAUAACACCUUGUUCAAGACCCCGACCCCGAACCCCAAGCUCUGGAGCGGCCCGACGAUAGGACUCCUAGCCAACCCCGACUGUUUCGUGAACGGCGGCUGGUGGCACGACAACCGCAUAUUGUCCGCAACGGGCGCGGGUUUGAUGAAGGAGGAGCCACGCGCUUGGGAGGGCUGGUGGAACGAGAGCAUUGUCGAUCUUGUGCGCCUCAGCCACCAGCAGAAGGAUGCUCUCUGUGUGCUGCUGACGGGCCGCUCCGAGCAUGGCUUCAGCGAUAUCGUUGGCCGCAUGGUGGCCAGCAAAGGCCUCGAGUUUGACAUGAUGGGCCUCAAGCCCGCUACAGGCCCCGACGGCGAGCGCUUCGCCAGCACCAUGGCUUUCAAGCAGGCCUUUCUGACGCACCUCAUGGAGACUUACCGCCUUGCCGACGAGAUCCGCAUCUACGAGGACCGCCCCAAGCACGUCAAGGGCUUCCGCGACUUCAUGGCCGAUUACAAUCAGGACGUGAGCGCAUCCUUGGCCGGCAGCGGAUCCACAAGCACACCCACGGCCCGCCCCGCCCCGAUCAACGCCGAGGUUAUCCAAGUCGCAGAGCUCGGUGUGAAUCUGGAUCCGGUCGUCGAGGUGGCUGAGGUGCAGCACCUGCUCAACUCGCACAAUGCGCAGGUUGACAAGGGAGUCUCGGCCCCGGGCAACAGGUCGCGCGCCGCCGAGAAGCUGACGAUAAAGAAAACAGUCUUCUACACGGGCUACCUUAUCGACGCGGCCGACACGCAGCGCCUACUGUCGCUGAUACCGCCACCCCGCUCGUCGGACCCCGAGUUGAAGGUGCACGCCAACAACAUCAUGAUCUGCCCCCGUCCCUGCCCUGCCAGUAUUCUGGACAAGGUGGGUGGUCUAGGGGCGAAAUUGCGUUGGGAGGUGACGGGCACGGGCUGCCUGGAGAGGAGCGUGUGGGCCGCCGCGGUGCGCCCGGUGCCGCCGACAGCAAAGUACCACACGGACAACAAGACUCCUCACGUGGUGCUGGCGCUGCGAAAAGGCACCAAGCCCAUAGACGCCAGCAAGAUACAUAACUGGCAGCCCGUCCCUCCCGACAAGGCCUUCAGCUUCGAGACCACGGUGGGCGAGAAGAUACUGUUUCGCAUCGAGUCCGAGGACCCAACUGAGGGCGAGUACGAGAGCAUGUUUGCGAACAAGAGCUCCAAGCGCAAGCACACGUUUGACGACGAGGCGCCCUCGCACCCACGCGGCGGCGCCAAUGGCGGCGGACACCACCCGGGCGGAGGGCGAGGCUACCACACCCAGGCCGGAAACAACGGCUUCUCCAGGGGAGGACGUGGAGGCAACAAUUUCCGUGGAAACUACAACUCCAACCGGGGAUACCGCGCCAGCGCCCGCGGAGGCGGCGGCUACAGCGGCUUUAGGGGAUCCGGCGGUCGGGGCGGUGGUCGGGGCGGCAAGUACGGCUACCACUCGCUCGACGACGUGGGCAAGCGGGACAGCAACCAGGCCAUGUCUUAUGAGGACAGCGGCUACUCGGCCCCGAACUCGAACCAGCACGAGAACCAGCACGAGACGCAGCACCAGCCUGCAAACGGCGGCCAGCAGCAAAGCCGCAAGCAGCGGAACCGGCAGAACCAGCAGAACCGCCAGCAGCAGCAGCAGCAGCAGCAGCAGCAACAGCAACAGCAGUCGCAGGCGCCGCCACAGCAACAUACGCAGCAGUACCACCCGCAGCAGCCAGCGCUUCCAAUCCCUCCGCCGCUGAUGCCGGGCGCCGCAUUCUACCCACAGUUCGGGCCUCCACUGUGGCUACCCCCGGCGCCCCCCAACGGCAUGGGGGGCCAGGGCGGCUAUGUGCCUCCGCCCGGGCCCGACAUGCAUAAUCAUUACUGA